UUACAAUCAAUUAGGAAAAUAUGUAGCUGAAGUAAAAGUAAAGUCUUUUAAUUUAUUAUCUUUCACUAAUUAAAUGUAACAUUUUUUUAUUGUUGGAGGAGAAGACAUCAAUGAGUUUUGCAAUCGGCUGAUUAAAAAUGAAAGCAGUAGAAGUUAUCUUGAUUCUGGCUGGAACAUUUUUAUGUGUUUUGUUUUUUGCCCUGUUUACUUUAUGCAGAUAUUUACGCAAUAAAAAAAGAGACAAGCCUAAUGAUGAUCAUAAAGUAAUUGUUAAAUAUCCAAAAAUUUCAAUUAUCGAAUUAGAUGCUCAAUUACCAAUAAAAGAAAUUUCCAAGUCUAGAAGUCUCUUUGAGAAUGAAUGGGUUCAUUCAUUUGGACAAAAAGGUUCUCCAAUUAUUGUGGUCUCUGAUGGAAAUCAUCCUAAAUUUUCUAAAUGGUUAGAUCAUGACGGCCCAUUGGUUGUCAGAGAAAGGUCUUCUUCUCAAAUAGAACUAAAACAGCGUAAGAUUAGUCUUGGGGCAAUGCAGCAAUUAGAAAAACAAGGUAAACGAGUACGCAACUCUGAUCUCCGUUCACAUUCAGAACAAAGCAAAGACGACAAAGAUAAUUCGCCUUGUGAAAAUGAUUCACUCGACAAUGAUGUAGAAUACAUUUCGACAGAUAGUUUACUCAGCGAUAGUGAUCAAUCAUGGUCAAAUUUUUCCGCCACUAGCGUUGAAUGUAACAAAAAACAUCUACAUGGUAUUAAAAAAAGAAUUGCUUCAAAUCGUAGGAACAACCAAACUCGUUUAUUAAAAAAAAAAAAAAUUGGAACAAUAGCAAUGAAAACUAAAUUUCUGAGUAGUACUAAUACUUUAGAAGUAUGGAUUUCUCAAGUAACGUAUUUUAAUAACAAAAAGCAAAACUGUUGCCAUAGUUUUUUUGUUCUUCUGAGUUUAAUGCCAGAAAAAAUGCAAACACAAACUUCAAAACGCGUAAAAGAUUGCAGUGAGUUCAACUUCAACGAACAAUUUUUUUUUUACAAUAUAAAUGUAACACAAUUAAAUAGUUAUAUGUUAGAAAUAAAGAUAAAAAAAUAUAACAAGAUAAAAAAAUUUCAAAACGAAGUUAUUGGAGAAGCACAAAUACCCAUAACCGAUCUUUGUUUUUCGAGUGAAGAAUCCAAUAUAUCUUUUGAUCUUUUUUGGCAUUUUAAGUCCAAGGCAUCUUUGGGAUCUAUAAACAUUUCUUUAUGUCAUCAAGCUACAAUAUCCAAGCUCAAUGUGAUUAUAAUUCAAGCAAAAAGUUUGCCAAAGUUUUCAAAUCCUUAUGUCACCGUUUCAUUAUUUCGAGAAGAAACACUCGAAAUGAAAAAUACAUCAAAGAAGUACAAUAUGCGCGAUCCUAUAUUUAAUGAAUCAAUAGAAUUUGAUAUUAGUACAGACGUCUCGAAUCCACUUUCAGUUUAUACAAUGGUUGUUACAGUUAAUGAUUUAAGUUUCCUGGGUAAAAAUCGUGUUAUUGGUCACGUGAUAUUUAGUUUGUUUUCACCACAAAAAACUGCUGUAACUCAUUGGCAAAUCGUGCAAAAUUCUCCCUAUCAACCUCAUUCAGAAUGGCACACUUUGAUAGAUCCAAAUGAAAUCUAAAAGUUAACUUUCCAAACAACUAAUUAAUUAAUUUUUAUUCUGUCAAUUUUUUAUUGUAGAUCUGGUUUUUCAGAUUUUAUUCUGAAUACUGCA